AACCCGUUCGAGACAUUACUUCGAUAUUAAGCAGAGAGAACUUAAACAAGGCUAUUGCCAACAUAUUAGCUUUUAUGGAGAAAGAUCUGGAGGAGACGCUAGAGGACCUCGAGGAUGACAUUGACGAGUCAUAUACACUGACGAAGAACAGCAUUAUAUGGACUGAAGUGAAUCAAAUAUCGCGCACCUACACCAAGCAGGAGAAGAAAAUGAAAUCCAAGUUCAAACUCGACGAGCAGGUGUGGCUGAACCAGGGCCGGCUGUCGCUGUUGCGCGCGCGCCACCAGAUCGUGCAGCAGCUGCUGGAGGAGCCCCAGCGCGUGCUAAGGCGCGCCGUGCGCUGCGAGAACCUGUACGCCGACCUGCUGCGCCGUCUGCUGCUGCAGGGCUUGUUGAGGGUGCGUCACUUGCUGAGAGACAGCGCGUAG